CCCGGGGGCGUGGCCAGGCUGCCUGGCGCGCGCUGGCUGGGAGGAAGGUAGCCAUGUUUUGAAUAGGAUCAUAGAGGAGAUCCCUAUGUCCCAAAGAAGACAAGAACAGGCUGGAUGAAAAACCUAUGACCUGUUUCCAGACAAUUUUCCAUGAGGAUGUUCAGAUGUCCAGGAUGAGUCAAAAGGAAGAUCUGCAGAAGAUGCAGGCCAGCACGAUUCUUUUUGACCCAGAUAGAGUUAAAAAGGAAGAUGAAGCCGUGACUUUUGGCCAGACAGAAGAUAAUGAAGGCAAGAGUUAUGUGUCUGAGGUAAAAGAUGAGGACCACCAAUGGAAGCCUGAGGAACAGGAGCUCCAUCUGUGCAAAGGAAUAGCUGAAGGGAAUGUGUGUAGCAAUGUUGGGCAGAGAGAACCUGUGAAAGGUUCCCAAGAACUGUGGAGGCGUCAGAACAACUCUCUGGAAAAGACUGCAGCUAAAUCCAUUUCUUCGUGGGGAAGUGAAAUCACAAGCCAGGAGGGACUCUGUGACCAUGAACAGGGGAAGCGUUUGGUAUGCAGCAAAGUUCAAGCUGAGGAGGCAAUAUACCAAUGCUUAUACUGUAAGAAAUCCUUCAAUGCCCACUUUAAAUUAAUUAGACAUCACAGAAUCCAUACUGGAGAGAAACCAUACAAAUGUUUGGAUUGUGGCAAGAGCUUUGACCAAAAAGGCAACCUCAUUGCACACGCAAGAAUCCACACAGGAGAAAAACCAUUUGUGUGCCCUGAUUGUGGGAAAAACUUUAGCCACAAAGGAAGCCUUGUUUUGCACGUGAGAACCCAUACGGGAGAGAAACCGUACAAAUGCCUAGACUGUGGGAAAAGGUUCAGCAGAUCUGGGUCUCUGAAAGAACAUGAGAAAACCCACACUGGCGAGAGACCAUAUACUUGCUUGGACUGUGGGAGAAGUUUCAGGAAAAACUCUGAGCUUGCCACACAUUACAGGUUUCAUACAGGAGAGAAGCCGUAUAAAUGUUCAGGCUGUGAGAAAUCCUUCAGUACAAGCUCUAAUCUCAUUGCCCAUCAAAGGACUCACACUGGGGAGAAACCAUAUAAAUGCUCUGACUGUGGGAAAAGAUUCAGCCAAGCUGGAAACCUGAAAGAACAUGAGAGGACUCAUACUGGAGAGAAGCCAUAUAAGUGUCCAGACUGUGGGAAAAGCUUCCGGCAAAUUUCUUACUUUAUGAAGCACCACCAGACUCACCUUCCAGAGGGGAAGAUGCCAAUGGAGGAGAAACCCUAUAAAUGCUCUGACUGUGGGAAAGGUUUUGGAGAGAAAGCAAGCCUUGGUAGACAUGAAAGGAUCCACACGGGAGAGAAACCAUUUAAAUGCUCAGAUUGUGGGAAAAGCUUUUGCCUCAAAUCAAACCUUGUGGUCCAUGUGAGAAUCCACACUGGAGAGAAACCAUACAAAUGCUCUGAGUGUGGAAAGAGCUUCAACCAGACUUCAAGUCUUCAUAAUCAUGAGAGAACCCAUAAGGGUGAAGAACCUUAUAAAUGUUUAGAAUGUGGGAAAAGCUUCAACAGACCAUCACAGUUGAAGACACAUGAGAGAAUCCAUACUGGAGAGAAACCAUUUAAGUGUUCAGAAUGUGGGAAAGGCUUUGUUUACAGCCAUCAUCUUGUUAGACACCAGAGGAAUCACACGGAAGAGAAGCCUUACAUAUGCUCAAAGUGCGGAAAGGGGUUUAGUCACAAAUCCACCCUUAUUAGACAUCAGGGAAUCCACAAAGAAGGGAAAAAAUAGAUGUUCUUGGCUUUGCACCCAGUGCAUGUGUGAAAACCCAUGCAGAGUCAGAACUGCAACCAUAAGAGGUCCUGAAUGUGGAUGACCAUCUUCCACACUGACCAGAGGACUGAACUAGGCAGAUGUUUUGUCAGAUCCAGGAGGAGACUCUUCAUAUGUUCUUCAUUGCAGGGGUUAGAUACAAACAAAUAGAAUAAACCUUGAUCUUUGAAGAGCUUGAAGAUACCAUACCAAGUCCCCUAUUUCCAACAUUCAGGCUCAGAGUAUAUCUGAACAUGCAGCUAUGGUAACACCACAAAUGUGGAAGAAGGAGGAAGUUAAGCUUGGGAGAAGAUCACUCUUUGAAGGAGUACAGAAAUCUCCUUGGAGUGGGGGAUAUCCAGGAGUGGGAAAAUCCCACCCCCAAAAUAGCUGAAUGAGAACUAACCAUAUUUGGUGACUAUUGGAGAAAAUAGUGGGAAGGUAUAGAGAACUGAGCACAGAGACAGAAUAAAAUGAACUAAAGGACAACUCUCAUCAGCACAACUGUUUCAGGUCCCACAUGUUUUGGUUUUUAUUUCAAGUCUCGUUUCUUGAAUUGUCUUCACUGAUACGCUUGUGUGUCUGUGUUUUUUAGCUGUUCUACGAAGCUACUGUUCUAAAUCUAUAUGAUCAUUACGAAGGAAACCAAGCUACUGUUCUAAAUCUAUAUGAUCAUUCCAAUGACGGAUGACAGUUUCCCCCAACCUGGCUCGACCAUAGCUGUGAAUUAUGGGCACUGGACGUCCGUGCAUCUGGAAGGUGCUGAGAUUGGGGAAGCCUGAUCUACAGUUCAUUCAGAGAGUCUAGCAGGAUGAACGAAAUGAUACAGCUUUUUAAAUAGAAGAAGCUGUAUUAAACGGAAGCUCUCUAGGGUAGUGUGGCAUAUUCUGACUUAGGGCAGUUUUUCAGGGGGCUGGACAAUGUCUUAAUUAUUUUGGUGUCUUUGAGUAGUCUUUCUCAGUUUGCUUGUUCGUGUGGCAUGCACAAGCCUUCAGGGGGUCUGCGUCUACAUGCUUCUGUGGUCAUCCUUUGUGCAUGCUUCUUAAUGUGUGUGGGUGAGUGUGCUUAUGCUUCUCUGCAUGUGCGUGUGCACAGUUCUCUGUGUGUGUCUUAGCAUUAUCCAGAGUGCAUAUUAAACCAAAAUAAAGAUUGCAUUAAAUUAGGUUAUGGCCUCUGGGUAAUCCAGAAGGCUGUCAAAACUGAUAGCCAAACUUGUACUUUGAAUAUAAGAAUACCUUAAACCAGU